GGUCAUAAAACAAACCCGCAACAUUCAAACGACAUAUAACUCACCUUGUAUUUAAACUUUCCUUCCCACAUUUAAUCCUGGAGAUAUAGUCUCGAAACCGCCACAUUCUCCCCUUUAUCAAGUCCAAAGUGGGACGUUGUACGGCUUGGAGGUCCCCAAAUUGUCGACCCGCCCGUUCUUGGGGUCUUGAACAAUCAUGGAGUCCAUACAGCGAGACAUCCUGCCAUCGACCGAGAUCAUCCCACUCGCCUUGCCCAAAGGAACCGAGAAGUUAUGUGAAUUGUGUCAAAAACGAGCGUACUUGCAGUGCGCCAGGUGUCGAGUCACCUUUUACUGUGAUGCGGAACACCAGCAAUCCGACUGGAUAGGCAUCCACAAGAGGAUUUGCCAGUUGCUCAUUCCGAUCCGCACCCCAUCGCUCUUUAGUAUGCAGCGGGCUGGUCGCAUUGAAAACCUACUUAAAACGAAAGAGUUGAUUGAGAUUUGUAGGUUGGUGGCAGAAAGUAAGCUCUCAGAGGGGAAGCAUCAGGAAGCUGUACCUGCCGCUCAAGCCUGCCUGCGCUGUUCCGUAGAUGUGUAUGGACCCAACACAGUCCAGCUCGUACCGGCUUACCUACUCCUGGCUGAUGCCAACAUGGGCAUGGGCAAUGUGGCCCUGGUGGCAGAACUCCUGUCUCAAGCAGAAUGGGCAGUGUUGAAGAGUCCAGAGUGUGGCUACGCAGUCCACCAUCGACUGCACAGGAGCAUGGGCUGCCUCCACACAGCAACAGGAAACUUUGAAACAGCUCUAUUUCACUUUGCAAACGACAUCUAUUUUGCCAGUGAGGAGUAUGGUCUCGAUAGCACUGUGACAUGUGGAGGUUACUUCCUUAUGGCUGAUGUGUUUGUCAAACAGGGGGAGCCCUCUAUUGUUCAUUCCUUGUACAAAGAGGUGGCCGAAACUUGGCACUCCCAUCUGGCCAAACUCCUACAGAGUCACAUCCAAAAUAUGCAGAAGAACCCUGACACACCAGAGCCAACCUUAGAUCAAGGUCAGCAAGUUGAAGUAGACAAGAUACUCAGGACCAUUUUAGAUUUCGAGCAGGACGAUGCCCGGAAGGAACCUGCUCAGAUGGCUUUGGUGGCCCACUCACUGGCCAUGCUCGCCUUCCUGGGCGGAGAUGUCAGCAAGGCAUUGGGAUUUGGCCACAUGGCGCUGGAAGCGAGCCAGCUCAUACCAAACCAUGACCUGACGGAGCCCAUCCAGUCUCUCCUUCAACGGCUGAGUUAAGAGGCACAGCUAAACUAUGCUUAGCCUCUACAACAGGGUUAUGAAAGGUACGGCCCACGAGCACAUUUUUUUUUUUUUUUUAACAGUUGGAAGAUGAAGUGAAAACAGGAGAGGGACAUGCUUUUUUGGUUUUGAACUGACUUGUCUUUAUUUUCAUCUAAAAAAAAAAAACAAAAGAAAAAGAAGGAGGGCUCUAUUUACACUAUUUGGAACAUUUGUUAAUCAUAUUUGGGAACAUAAGACUUUCAGAAUGAUGGACAGUAUGUAAAGGUAAGGGUGAUUGCUUCACAGCGUACCAUUGCAGUACUUCCUAUCAUCAAACAGCCUUUAGCUUUUAUCUCAAGUCAGUAUUUCUAGACGCUACACACCAAGACAGGGCUCCAACGUGUCACUGAAGCUUAAACAUUGCAUUGUUGUUAAUAAACAGUUCAACCCGAGUGCUAUUUUUUCCUCCAAAUUAUAUACAUGUAUUUUUUUUCCCACCAGUAUUUACUCAUAUUAUUACUCAAUCAUACAGCAUGUUUUUGGCUUUCGGAUUCAUUGGGAGAAGACAGUAAAACAAUGGAAAUGUGUGGGUAUCCUCAUAUUCCCUUUUUCUUUCUGUGUGCCAAAUAUACACAAGCAUCUGUAAGAAUGAAUAUUUGCCCUUGUGCGCUGCAAAACUUGUCCAGAGACUCUAGAUGUACACUUAAGCCCUGAAUGAUUCAUAAACUGGCCACAUUUUGAGUCCAAAUAAAUUCUCUUUGCUGGAACUGACAAAAGAAGAGUGUCACCAAAAGAGUUUAAAAAGUAAUUCAUGUAAAUUAUUUACUAAUUUAAUUGUUUUGCAACAUUUGGGAAUAUUUUAUGUAAAGUUGAUUAUCAUUAGGAAGGAAUUUUUUGCACAAUUCUAAAGAAUUUUUAUAACUUUUAGCACAAUUUUAAAACACAGCCCAUGGGCCAAAUUAUGGUCUGCUGUGAAAUUCUAAAAAUGACUAAAACAAAUUUCUCCCUUCCAAUUUAAUGUACAAAUGCUCAUAAUAAACAACAAUAAAACACAUUUAU